CUCUAUGAUAUGCCGAUGUUACUUUGUUUUAUUAUUAUUAGUACUGAUGCUUAGCGUUGAUUUAUCUAUCAUGAUGAGGCAGUUCAUAUGGGCAGUUAAUAUAUCUCGGUCUUGCCAUUCCACGUUCCUUCUAUUCCUCUUUCGCCAGUCAGGCCCACCUCUUAUGAUUUGAAGUUUGCGGAGAACCAUUUUCACAGCAUGCAGCUGUAGGAAUCGACCAUGUCGAUGUCCGAUCAAUACACUUCUCUCUGGUGGCCGGAAGACCGGAUCGAUGCUACGGUUACCACUGAAUAUGUCCUCUCUCACCUGCAUGGCCCCGAUAGCCACGCUCGCCUCUAUACCCUUCCAAAGUGGGGAGAGGACUUGACCAGCGAGACGUAUCUGGAUCGGAUCCUCAGCAAAGGCAAGCGGCUGUUCCUGAUUCUCAACGACAUUGGAAUCCCUGAUCGCAUUUUCGCACUGGUCGACCAGUCGUAUGACGAUAGCGAUUUGCCCAUUGCGGCAUCAGAUGUGGCUUUGCUACAGCUCGCUCCGGACGAAAGUGGGCAUAAUGAUCCCGAUGUGGACGAUCAGUUCUUCCAUGCACAAUGGCGGUUUCUGGUACGCGGGAUCGCUGCUGGGGAGCACGUCGUGUUUGACUCCCAGAAUGAAGGUGUCCCGGUCGAGGUACACCGGAGUGGGAUGGCAUUGGGGGCAAACCGGGAUGAUGAGGUUGAGAAGGUAAUACUGGCCGGCGCUAUGUGUAGGGCAUACAUCCGGACAAAAGUCCAGGUGGGCGAGCCACCGCAUUUCUUCGAGGCGGACGAGGUGUUGGAUGAGGUGCGGUCGUUGCGCAGACUUGCCCAUGAACAUGUAUUCUCCGUGCACGCUUCAUAUUUUGUCGAUAACAGCAUCUACAUCCUAUUCGCUCAUCCGCAUGAACGUCAUUUAAUGUCCUUCCUCACGGACGUACCGCAGCAGUUCAAGAAGCUUCCCAAACCACGCCGCCGCCAGAUCCUGGUCAACUGGCCGCAUUGCUUAGCGAACGGACUCGCCUGGCUUCAUGCGCAUGGCCAAGGGCACGGCGCAAUCCGGCCAUCCAACGUGCUGAUUGACUCGGAGUUUCGCAUCUUCCUGGGUCAGUUCGAGGCCCUGGAUACCCUCCUCCCUCCCCCCAAGGUCAAUGACAUAGAAGCAUACCAGUACGGCGCUCCGGAACGUUGGGUCCUCUCCACCACGGUGCAGGAAACAGGGUCAUCGCGUACCGUGUUACCAUCCGGAGGACGGACGAUGCGAAGAGACAAACCAGCCAGCCAUCCCACUCCACUGAAACUCAACACCCUCGCCAGCGCCUUCAUCCGGCCCGGCAAUAAUAAACACAAUAACGAUAGCUUUGAAACGGACAACCACAACCCUGACAUCCGAGAGUCCAUGCUCGUCUCCAGCCCGACCUCCCGACCGGGGUCCCCAGCAUCCCAGACCACCGCGAUCCGGGUUGGAUUUUCCGACUCGGCAUCACGGGCAUCCUUCGCCCUCUCCUCCUCCUCCUCAUCUUCUGGUGGUUCUAACCCUGGCCGAAAAGGCAAACUACACGGACUCCUAUCCCCGAUCACGCCCAGACCAGCCCUCUACGCCCCCUCUGUCGUCUCCUCAAAUUCAUCUAACUCCUCUAACUCAUCAUAUAACCCUCCUUCAUCAACUCUCACAUCUGCCAGAUCCCAAGCGCUCGUCCGCACAUGGCAAUCCCACGAAACCAACGCGCACACAGCAGACAUCUUCUCAUUGGCAGCCGUCAUCCUGGACAUCCUCACGCAUCUCUGUAAACGGAAGAUCUCAGCCUUCGUGCACCACCGCGGCUGCAAGAACCGUAAAGCCGGUCGUGGCGGCGGCGUCGCCGAUGCCUCGUUCCAUCUGGAUCGCAACGCGGGCCAGGUCACAUCGUGGAUCACCUUGCUCGAUGCGGAUGCGAGGAAACGCAAGGAUCCCGUGUUCCAGGCCGUGGGGAUGAUGCUUGUCGUUGUUCGGGGGAUGCUGGAACGCGAGCCCGAGCGGAGACUGACGGCCAUGGAGGUCGAGAAGAGGUUUGCUGAGGCGGUUAGGUCUAUUCCGGUGCAGGAAGUGGAAUCAGGAUCGGGAUCGGGGUCGGAAGGGUUGCAUUGUGUCUUGGCCGUACCGGAACGGGGACUGCAUACGCAUGGUCGGCGGAAGGAAAAGGACGAGGAGAAAGAUAAUGGUGCCGGUAUUGGUACAGCGAAAUCUGAACCAGGGCGUGCACGUCACCAUGAACGAUCGGAUAUUAUAACCCCUACAACUGUUCUGACACCACCACCAGGAGAGAAAGAGAACGAGAAGGAGAAGAAGUACCCGAACAACGACACCGAACCAGAACUGGAAACUCCUCAAACCCAAUUCAUCUCCGACUCGGAAAGCGAAUAUGAAGGCGAAGGCUCCCUCCCGCAACAGUCCUACCACGACACCUACAACCACCAAUACCAACACCCCUUAACGCCUACAACAGCCUCCUUCGACUUCAACUUUAAUUUCAUACACUCCAAAGAUGACACCUACUCCGACACAGAUAACAGCACAAACGACGACCUCGUCGACUGGGACGAGCUGGAGGGUCUAGACGUCGACGAUAACAUCGAUCGCGAAAUUAGCAUAAACAACGACCUCCAUAAAAAGGUCGGAACCGGAACGCCUACUCCGGCUCCGGAGUUGAAUUGGAGAGACCCCGAUUUGAUCACUGGGAAGGAAAUUGGGAUAGAGGUUGCGAGGUCGGAUUCUAAAUCUAGGUCUGGCCAUGGUCAUAAUCAUGGACAUCGGAAUCGGACCGGAUAUGGAUCUUUCAAGGAUCCCAUGAUGCAGUAUGGGAUUGCUGUUGGAGAGAAAUAA